AGCAACCUGCAUCCUAGAGAGGCACCAGAGCAAGCAGAACAACAGCAUUAGUGUAACUCGACUCUCUGCGACCAUGCAGUGAAACACUUGAGUGAGAGCAAGUGCUGUUGUUACAGUGACGAGUUUACAGUCCAUAACAAUCACUACAAUACGCGUUUCAUUGCGAACGGUUCUGAGGGGAAAAAAGACAAAUAUUUAAUGCUUCUCAAGCUUUCUACCUUUUACGCUUAUUUUGACCUAAUGAACAGGCUAAAUUUAUAUAUUCUGUUAAAAGGUCUGUGGUGUAAUCUCAAAUUAAAUGGAUCAUACCUGUUCUUCAAACGCGCCUUCAGAAAGUUUCUUCCAAAAGGAGCCAUCGUGCGUCAAUAUGAUCUCAGAAUGAAGAGAGGAACAUCAAAUGAGCAUUUAUGGAAGUUUUGACGUCAACAUUCGAAGUGGUUUCUGAGGUGUUUGCUGAUGUCAUCAUGACACAGGACAAGGAGACAUAGAGGGAGAGAGAGAGAGAGAUGGAGAUGGCUACGGGAGGGGUAGGAACGAUAGUGCGGCUCCUCUGACAUCAUAGAUGCUCUUAUAUACCGGGCUGGAAUGGAGCCCACCAUUCCUCACUUCACUACUGAGAAAGCCAAGAGAAGACACAGCAAACAGCUUGAAUGUGCAGAAACUGUGGGACUACCAACAAAAUGCAGAUGCAGCUGACCUCCGUUAUGCUCCUUUUUUUAUUAUGUAAUGGACUAUGUUCAGAUAUAGACCAGGGAAAAAGGGCAAUAGAGGAAGAGGUACUGAGAAGUCUCCUCACUUCAAAGGUAAAGCAGAGCAAGCAUAUCGCCCCCCUGUGGCAGCUGCCUCUCCAGGAUGUGUGCAGGUUGAUGAACAGUCUCGGGGAGUCGUGGGGCAGCGAGGAGGAGCAGGAGGAUGCAGAGGUUCAGACUGACUAUGAGCAGAGGGUCUCGGGUACCCUCGCACAAACACUUGAGGAAAUGAAUGACCUUCGGAACCUCUGCAGGGUCCUGCAGCCUAGAGAGCUUCAAGACGACCAAGAAUAUCUGGAGCUGGACAAAAACAGCGACAGUCCACUGAAGAGGAAAUCUCCCUAUAUACUAAAAAGGCAACUGCGCACCAAUAAAUCAAGACGGCCGUACAUUCUGAAGAGAAAUGUGUAUUACUGAUGCUCAAGACCCACAGAUGGAAAGACAUUUUUACAUUUUGUGAAUAUGUGUCUGUUUUCACUGUCAUAGUAUUACAGUAGCAAUAGUAAUUGUAUGUUCUUGUAUGUUUUAGCUAAACCUUUAUGUAAUUCAGAAGUCAAUCCCUUCUUCUUCAUUAUGGGAUGGACAAUGUAAAUAAAACAGCAGUCUAUUCAAGAGUUUAUUAUAUUUAUUUAAUGUAUUUUUCUUCCAAUGUAAUU